UAAGCCCUCUUAACAAUAUUAAUCCCAUGAGGACUACUGAUUCCUACGCAGCCACACGAGGUUUUGGAAGACUUUUUGGAGGUUUUAAUAGUCAUGAGGGGCGCACCGGUGCAGGCAGCAGAUCAAAUAGGGACAAUGGUAAUGCGCUCAGAUCUUGCACUUGUGAGAAGUCGCAAUGCUGGAAACUCUAUUGCGAUUGCUUCACGAAUAAUUAUUACUGUGGUAAGAGUUGUUCUUGUGAUGGGUGCUGGAACUCAAUAGAUAAGGAAGAUUCAGUCCGAGCGGCUCGUGAACAUAUUGAGUCGAGAGAUUCUGGGAAGGGUAAGAAGAUUGCAUCAAGUUCAGGCAUGCAAACAAAAGGAUGUAACUGCAUGAAGUCCCACUGCCAGAAAAAAUAUUGUGAAUGUUAUAAUGCUGGCAAUGGAUGUUCUCUCAACUGCCGAUGUGCAGGCUGUCAGAAUUCAUAUGGCAAAAGACAAGGAACCGAGCCGGUUAUCCAAUCGGUAAGUAAGAGGGGCAGGAAGCCUAAGAAUUCAAUUGAUGUGAGGAUAUUGAUUGAGAAUUCAAAAACAAUCGACCAUCAACCUAUUCAAAGCUCAAUGGAAAAUGGUCAGAUUGUUUUAAAUCAUGAUAAUCAAUUACCAUGCAUAGUACCAGAAACCAGAGAACGACAAACUUCACAGGAAACUAUGAUUCUUAGUAGAGUUAUGCCUGAAGCUAAUGAGAAUGUGAGUUUAUUGGAGGCUCAAUAUGCUGCUGGCUCUAGUUCUGCCCAAUCGGAAUUAAUCCAAGGAUCAUCAGAUCAUAGUGAUGAGUAUAUGCAUGCAUCGAAGCCAAAUACACCUAACUAGAGGCUCUCUUGUUCUCUGACAAUCUGAUCUCCUAAGUAUAGAGAUAGUCAUAUAAUUUAGAAUUCUAGCAGACUUUUAUUACUGUCAACAAUAAUUUUGACAGUGUCUUUUUUGGUAUUUAAGGUAUUAGGAUGGUGGUGUUGCUUUGCUGAUAAUGGUCUUUAGUUUCAUAAUUUGGUAAAUUUAUUAAAUGUUUCGUUAGUCGGUUGGUUAUUUAUAUUUUGUUUGUUA